CCGGCCCAAAAACCAACCACAAGAAGAGGAGCCCGCUCCCCUCUGGAUGCCGCCGCCGACGCCGACGCCGACAUGACCGCCGCCGCGUGGCCGGUCUGCACAAUCUGCUACGAGGACCUCCGCCCGCUCUCCGACCAGCACCUCUACUGCCUCCCCUCCUGCGGCCACGUCUUCCACGCCCUCUGCGUCGAGCAAUGGCUGGAGUACUGCCCUGGCGCGGGCGGCAAGAAGAAGGGCACGUGCCCCAUCUGCAAGCGGGCAUGCGGCGCCUCCCACCCGCCGACCCGCCUCUUCUUCCAGUCAACAGGCGCGUGCCCCACGCAGGCGUCCCCUCGCUCGUCGCAGGGCGCCGACCCGGAGGCGCUCGCCGCCGAGGUCGCGCGGCUGGAGCAGAAGGCGGCGUCCCUUGGCCGGGUGCUCGACGAGCAGCGCGACGGGAUCCAGAAGCUUAACGCCGAGGUCGUUAGGUGGAAGGAGAAGGCGGCCGCCGCGGAGACGAUGCGGGAGGCGGCUAGGAAGGAGAAAGAGUAUGUGCAGCUGCAGCUCAAUGUGAAAACAGAGGAGCUGUCGAGGAGGACUACGGAGUGUGGGAGGUUGCAGGAGAGAAGCCUUGCGUUGGCAAAGGAGCUUGCUGCGCUGAAGCUGUCGACAGACAUGAACCUUCAAGAGGAAGAGAUCCUAAAGCUGGCUUCACUGGGUAACCAUGGUAAUCUUGAGAAUGCUGUUGACGUCCUGAAGAGAUCGCUUGCUCUUCGCAACAGGAGCUACAAAGAUUUGAUGGUCCAAUGCAAUCAUCUGGGAAGAUCUGAAACUCGCGCUAAGCAGAAGAUUGAGAAGGCCAGCGAGCUGAUAAAGAAGUUGAGGGCUAGGGUACUAGACCUUCAGAAGGAACUGGAAGAAAAGGAAAAUAAUGUUAUCAGGGACUUGAGGUCUUCCAAGAAAUUUAAAGCAGACCAGAACGAGACAAAUCCAGUAAAUCCCACUGCUAAUAAUGGUUUGUCUAGUCCAAGUGCUAGAUAUGGGAAUCAAAUUGCGAAGCGUGAUGACUUGAUGCAGGAUGGAAGCAACGAGAAGGCUCACUUGAACCAGUUGACUCCUGAAGCUAAAAAUGAUCUGAACUUGAAAGACAACAUGGACACCAAGUUUACAGAUGUGAUAGACUUAGAUGGGGAUGAUGACCACCUGAUAAGAUGUUCUACCAAGCCAUUUGGGAACAGUGAUUACACUUUGGAUGCACAGAAUCAGUCCGGUCGUUUUGAACAUGAUAACAAUGAGCCCACAACAUUUCGAUGCGGGCCUUCCUUUUUGAAGCACACAGAGGCAACUGGGAAAUCAACAUUUCAGGAGAAUAUUAUGAAGACAAAACCCCAAAACGUUCAAGAGCUUCCCAUUUCGAGAAGCAUGAACGAUACAACCUCAUGGAAGAAACAAGCACUGACAAUUGAUGCCAUCUCUAAACAAGCAACUCGGCUGGCUUCUGGCACUGGACCUCAGCAAUUUCACAAUUUAAAUUCUCUUUCUGAUGAUGAUUUUGAAACACCACGUGGAAGUACUGGUCUGGAAGGGGCAAGAAGAGGCAUUGGCAAUUGGUCCAAGGGCAUGGCAGCACCUAGGUCUCUAAAUGCAAAUGCAAACAGGGGCAAUCUGAUUUCCGUGGGGCAUGAUGGGCGAGGGGGAAAGGUGAAAGUCCUGAAAGAUCAUGGCCGGUUCCAGGGUAGCAAGACUCCAGCACUGUGGCCCAAAGCUCAGCAGAAGGCUGGAGGCAAAAGCGGGCAAUCUCAGAUAGAGCACUUCUUUGUGAAGAGAUGAUCCUACUGAAGAAUGCAUGUUGUGAUGAAAUGGCGCCUGAGAACAAUCUGCAUUCUGCCUCGUGUGGGUUCUGCCAUACUCGCAGGGAGAACUGGUUCCAGAUUUUGUAACUAGUUGAUGCUACGCCAUUGGUACUAGAGCAGUGGUGAUAGAAGCUGUACACAAUCUCCCAAUGGCCAAUGCUAUGUGAGGACCCUGAACUCCUAUCAGGAUCAGGUUUACAACACACACACACACUGGCUUGUACUGUGUAUUGUUCAGAGUUCAGAAGGCAACAAGGUGUCACUGUGAACUUGAUUCACUUUUUUUUUGUGUGUGUAUGGUAACUUGAUUCACAUGUGAAUACAUUGUUAAGCUUCAGUUU